CAAUCACAACCGUCAGGCUGAGCACAGAGAAACUCAGACUGUUUCACAGCUCUCUGCAGACCCAGUGCACACAGUUUGGGCCACGGCAGAAACAGGAGAGUCGGCACCAAGAACGAUGACACCUGGGCAGACGGAUGCAAGAGCCCUGGAGAGAGAGGGAGCAGCUAGAGAAUGGUCGGUGGGUUUCUUUCCACAACACCCACCUGUUACAUCACCGGCCCAGAAGGGCCCCCCAAACCAAGGUACAGUUAGUGAGCAGGACACCAGUUCAGCUACGAACCUGGAUGAGGAUGAGGACAACGAAGAAUUCCUGGAGCAGCUCAUGUCUCUGACCUCCCGUGGCUUACCACAGAUGGAGAUCGAGGAGAAAUACAGCAUGGCCAAGGAGCUUGGCAGUGGCUCUUACGGAAAUGUCCUGCUGGUUCAGCACCACGAGAGAGGGACUUCAAUGGCACUGAAGCUGAUGUCCAAGGAAAGAAUAGGGAGACGGGAGUUUCUCCGAGAAUAUUGCAUUGCUCUCUGCCUUUCUUCACACCAUGCACUUCUCAAAACAACCGGCAUUGCUUUUGAGACAUCUACACAUUAUGCCUUUGCACAGGAGUUGGCGCCAGCUGGGGAUCUCUGUGCCAUCCUGAACUCAGGGGAGGGCAUUCCUGAAGUGCAGCUGAAGAGGUGCGCAGCCCAGUUAGCUGAGGCACUGGAUUUCAUGCAUGGCAAGGCCUUGGUGCACCGAGACAUAAAGCUGGACAACGUGAUGCUGUUUGACAGCGAGUGCCGGCUGGUGAAGCUGGGUGACUUUGGCCUGACAAGACUGGAAGGCACUCCAGUCGUUGCCAUGUCUGGCACCCUGCCUUACUCACCACCUGAGUUGUGCCUACUGGAGGGCAAUGAGACUCUAGCGCUGGACUCCAGCCUGGAUGUCUGGGCCUUUGGGGUGCUGCUAUUCUGCCUCUCCACAGGUUGCUUCCCUUGGGAUGUGGCAAUGAGCCCAGAUCCUCAGUUUGAGGACUUUGGUGUCUGGCAGAACCGUACAGUGCCAGGGGAGGCUCCUGGCCUGUGGAGAGGCUUCACCACCAAUAUCUUGGGUAUGUUCCGUCGCUUGAUGACAAUCGACCCUGAUCGGCGCAGUCCUGCUAUUGAAGUGCACAAGUACUUGCAUCUGCCUUGGCGGGUGGACAGCUGUGGAGCAACACAGGGCCCUCAGGGUGAUCAUCUCAAGGGAGCAGAUUCUGGUACCUGCCUCAGGGGCCCCACAGGGGAUAAUAGUGACCUGGUCAGAGGCACCCAGGAAAAAUGCCCUGGACUGAUCACCACAGAGAAAACACAUGCCAUACAGAUGGAUCCUGGUCUUGGAAGCAACCACAGUCUACAGGAAGGCUCCAGAUUAGCAGGGGUUGGCCUCCAGCCUUGAAAAAGGUCCCAGGUGAGAAGAUCAGACUCUUCCAUUAUGGGCCACAAUGACCUGAAAGGCUUGAGUUAAGAAAGAAGAACUUAGCAGUAGUUUGACCAGCUAAGGGGAUAGUUUUUAGAAGUAUUGAGCAAUGUAGUGCCACCCUUCCCUCUAGCGGCUGAAAAGGGCAGAGUAGCACUGAGUAGACCUGCUACCUCAACGAGAGGCCUGGUGCACAGCUAGGCAGUAGAGAUAGCCAGUAACCAACAUGAAAAGACAUGGAACAGAUAAAGCCUUAUGUUUUGUGUAUUUAGCAAGGCCAGUGUAACCUGGUGGGCAAUAGUUCCAGAAGUUUCAUACUAACUGAGGCAAUCACGGAUAUAGGAUUGCAACUGUGGGGAGCAUGGGAGAUGGAGUCCACCAGGAGAUCACUUCUGGUUUCAGAACAGGAAAUGACACCACAGCACUCUAGGAAUUUUCAAAUCUCUAUUGUUUUGGGAUUUGAAAAUCCCUAGAGGGUCAUGACAUUACUUCCUGUCCCAAACCAGAAGUGAUGUCCAGGUGUCAAUUGGUUCUAUCUCCCCUGAUCUGUUCUGUUGCUUCACUGAGUGAAGAUGGGAGAUGAAUUGUGUCAGUAAAGGUAAGUGGCAAUCCUACAUCUAGAGGAAAAAAGGUAAAAGUAGUCCCCUGUGCAAGCACUGGGUCAUUACUGACCCAUGGGGGGAUGUUGCAUCACGAUGUUUUCUUGGCAGACUUUUUACGGGUGGUUUGCCAUUGCCUUCCCCAGUCAACUACACUUUACUCCCAGGAAACUGGGUACUCAUUUAACUGACCUUGGAACGAUGGAAGGCUGAGUCAACCUUGAGCCGGCUACCUGAACCUGGCUUCUUCCAGGAUUGAACUCAGGUCGUGAGCAGAGUUUGGACUGCAGUACUGCAGCUUACCACUCUGCGCCACGGGCCAGAGGGCUGUGAUCCUAAUUCUGAAGUACAAUGUGAUGUAUGAAGGCAACUGGGCCUCCCUUUGGGCUUAUAUCACUCAAUUACACAGAAAGAGGAAGAAGUCACUUCCCUUCUGUCCUGCAAUCAGGAAAAAAGAGGAAACACAACUAAAACUGUGUGUGUUGGGGGAGAGAAACAAAAUGGAUUUUUGCUUAAGGCUACACUAUAGCUUGAGCUGUCUGUGGUAUCUAGCAGAGAAAUAUGAUACAAACAUGCUGUACUAAUGGAUGUCAGUGAUUAAUGCCAGCGUGGAGUGUUUUAUAGGGACUUCUUUUUAGUGCGUGCCUCAGUGCAAAAGUUCUUCAGCACAAAUUGUAGCAUGGGGAGUUUCAAACUAUUCCUUCACCUAUAUUUGUUUGAUUUUUAAAAAAACAUUCUUAACUUUAUGGUGCAUACAUUUUCUACAAUCUUUCCAGUCAGAGAUAUCUUGGCAACUCCCCUCCCUGCUUCUUCUUAUUUUGAAUUCUUUAAUAAAGACUUCCCCCCCCAAUGUUUCCCAUUUCCCCCAUUUUUCACUGAAAGUUCUUGCAAAUUUAGCAGUGGAUUAAAAAUGUAUACUGAUGUUGUGGCUAUAGGGUAGUCCUAGAAUGAGGCAAAGUGAGGUGACUGUUUCAGGUAGAAAAUUUAGAGGGCCAUAAGAGAGUAGAAAAUAGGCAUAGGUGGUAUGCUGCUCAAUACCACAGGAGGUUCUGUGCAAAUCCCGCUGCUGGCAUGGAAAUACAGAAAAUGGACUUUACUGCUGUACAUUUCAACAAGUCUCAGGCAAGACAACUUCUUGGUGGACAGUGUUAAUGUGUGUGUGUGUGUGUCAUUAAUUUUUUUAAAUUGUUUCAGGCCUCAAAAUGCAUAAAUUUGGUACAAUUAGCAGAACUCUAAAUCUACCCCCACAACGCUAACACCCAAGUUAUUGCAAAAUCAAGGAGUCUGUCUUAAACAGAUAGCUGCAUUAUGCACUUUAUUAGAACCAACAAAAGUCUCACAAAAUCAUCUGAAUCACAAAACUUUGAGCCACCUUUUGAAUUCUCUAGAGUCCUUUAUCAGACUAAGUGUUCAGUACAAAACAAGGGUGUGUGUAUAAGUCAUAAGUCAUGGUAACAUGGCCUGAAGUGUGCAGAUGGAAAAUAGGAUGUGCUGCGGAUUAAAUUGGAUUUGUUUAGAUUAUGCUAGGUGCAAAACAGUUUGUCAUAUUGUACAAGUUGCUGGAACAAGGGAGAGGGAAAAUAACUCUCUUUCUCUUUGUGAAUAUAAAAGGCAGCUGUAUGGCAAAUGUCUUUCCAGCACUCACGAAACAUAGAAUAGUGUGCAUUAAGAAACAAAGGAGAGCCCUGCUGGCUGAGGCCUAGGGUCCAUCUGGGCCAGCAUCCAGCCAGGAAGAUGCCUCUGGAAGCCUAUAUGCAAGCCAUGAAGGAAGUAAUCAUUUUCUACUGUUUACUUCCAAGCAACCAAUCUUCAGAAGUACACUGCCUCUAACCUGGAGGUUCCAUUUAGCUCCCAUAACUAAUACAUGUGGUGCGAAUGCAACCUUUGGGAGCCUUUGGGUGCUUCCUCUGAAAGAUGAUGGUUUGUUAAAGAGCUAAAUAAUUAUUUACUGAAGUUGUGCAUGUCUACUCUGGAGCAAAUCCCACUGUAGUCAAUGGCACUUACUCCUAGGUACGUUUGCAUAUGACUGCACUUUGGUGGCUACAAGAGUGAAAAUACUGUAUUUAGGAAAGUGAACAGGAAAGUGAACAAGAGUCCUGGCACAGGCUCAUACACUCUCAGUGUGUUGCCAUAACAACCUAUUGCAAAAAGCAAGUAUUGUGUGGAUAAAGCUAAUUCUGAACCAGCUGCUGACUAGAAUUUAGUUCUGGGACAUGAGAUGGAAAUAAUAAUAAAGUUC